ACUGGUGUCAACAAUAAUCGAUGCGGCGAUGCAUCCCGAUGCGGGCCAUGGACGAUGCGAUUCGAUGCGGGCAACAAGCCGAAUCGAUUCAGCACAUAUUAAAAUAUAUAAGUCCGUUCAAAAAUCUUCCAGUGAUGCAAUGGAUUUGGUUUCACCAUUUGUAUUAUUAUUCUCAUGUUUACCUGUAGAGGGAGCUAUUGUACAAGCAAUGCAGGGGGGAUGAGGAACUAAAAUUGGCUUCCUCACGGGAGUAACGUCACAGACAUGCGCAAUUGCGCAGUGGCACUCAAAGCAGAGAUAAGACAUAAUAACAAUGGCUAAAGCGGAGAAAGAGGAAGCGCGAAAGAUUAUUGACGCACCAAAGACAUUGAAAGCAGGCAUAUGGAGACAUUUUGGCUUCUCUGAGGUGGCUGAAAAAUGGAGAGGCCUUACAACACAUCGUCCAUGCUGGUGACCCAGCACUAUAACAUCCCGCCCGAGGGCGUACUGCCUACCUUUUUCCUGGCCAGCCUCAGCUACAUGAUCAUCCUACUUUGCAACCUGCUUCUCCUCCUCACCAUUGUUCUGAACAAGAACCUGUGGAAGCCCAUGUACCUGUUCCUGCUCAACAUGCCCAUCAAUGACCUGCUGGGCUCGUCAGCCUUCUUCCUGCAUCUGCUCAAGGAGAUACUGAGCAACAGCGGGUACAUGUGGUUCCCGGCGUGCGUAACUCAGGCCUUUUUCAUCCACAUCUAUGCAGCAGCUACCGUGCUCAUCCUCACCGCCAUGGCGUACGACCGAUACGUAGCCAUCUGCCUGCCGCUCCAGUACAACACGGUGAUGACGCACGGCCAUGUGGUGAGGAUCAUCACGGCCAUUUGGCUGUUGUGUUUGUUGAUGAUCAGCGUGCUCUUCGUCUUACUAUUGCGGCUUCCGCGCUGCCGUUCCACUAUUUACAACAUUUACUGUGACAACCCAUCCUUGCUAGCUUUGGUGUGCGCCAACACCACCGUCAACCAUGCGUACGGCCUGUUCAUCGUGGGCAUUACCCAGUUGAUGGCCAAUUCCGUCAUCGUUUUCUCCUACUUCCAAAUCCUGAUGGUGUCCUGCCGGACCCGACGAGCCGACACCAAGGCUAAGGGUCAAGCAGUUCCCGCCCAGUUUACGUAAUUUCAUCGGGUCCUCCACCCUCAUUUUCCCACCUUGGCUCAAUCCAAUUGUCUACGGGAUCAAGACAAAAGAGAUCCGAAGCAUAAUAGUGCACUUUUUUAGGAGGAAAAUCAUCCAUUCUUGUGAUGGA